AUGGCACUCGCAUUGAAGGGAAAAUUCGAAGGCAUAGAUGCCAGCAGUGCGGACUAUGAAUUGAGUGAGAUGUUCGUAAACAGCGGACUCUGCGUAGUCUGCAAGAACCCAAGAGCCCGCGCUUGCCCCGGCUGUGAGCUGGAUGACCAUAAAGGGCCCCAGUACUACUGUAUGCCCCAGUCUUUCCCUCUCGACAACAAAGGCCAUCGACACGUUUGCGAGUGGGCCUACAUGAGGCUCUACCUCGCCCGGGCCGCGUACGUGUGCAAGGCCAUGGUUCUCCAGGGUCGGCUGGGGUGGGCCCAUGACCACACUGACAAUGUGGCUGCCGAGGUCCAUCAUGCAGAUUCGAUCUUGUGGCCCCCCCUCGGCCGCAUCCAAUAUCCCGGCCCCUUCAAAAUGAGCCUUUUGGAAAGGGCUGAGAGCGAUUUACAUCUGCUGUAUGCGCCAUUCUUCUGGCAGCUCAUGGCUUGCUUUCCUAUCCGAUCCAUCGAAAUCAUCCACUUCGACGUCAACGAUGCCAGCGUCCUCAAGUCCGAGAGAACGCUUGACUGGAUUCCCACCAAGCACGUCGUAUACAAGCUGGUCACAGACACCAAACCCAGCAAGACGUUGGCUUUCGAUCCCGUUGGCUUGCGUGCUACCUGGACCACCACGGUACAGGACUGGGAUGUGUACGAGGACCGAAAGAUUCUCUCCAUCGUCAAGCGAGAGCCCUGGGUCCAGGACAUUGCCCAAUUCGUCUUGAAACUCGGUCCGGGCCGUGACUUCCGUGAACAAUUCCAGGAAGCCAUGGACGUGGACUACGACGGCUCCAUGGCAAACCUCGGCAUCAUGAGCGCGGAAAGGUUCACCAAGGGAUACAGGAAGUAUAUGAAGAUCUUCGAUGCCUAUUGCGGCGCGUAUACACUCACCUCGCCCCUUUACCACGAGUGGCUGGACAGCCACCUGGCCGGCUGGCUCGACCUGAUCGUCGAGCAGAUUUGCUACAAGCCCAAGGAGGGCGAGCGUUGCGCUCCCAAUUGUACGGGCUGUAUCCGAUGCACUUUUCCCUUGGCCCACAGGAUCUGCCGUGCUACGGGUAUACCCAAGGCCAUGAUUCAUCCCCAUAACCUGGUUCCUAGCCCAUGUGUCAUGCAGGACCGCAACAGGGGUUCGUCGUCUGGACCCUGCACUUGCGUGAUGCCGCGCACGGGGAAGGGCAAGCGCAAGCUCUAUCACUGUGGACAUGAGUGA